CCCGGGAACUGUUUCUCGGCAUACAGCUGAAGGUGGAAUGAGGACGAAAGAGUGCGGGUCGGUCACACUAAUUAACAUACCGCACUGUUAUUGUUGGAAAUACACGUGCAGAUAAAUAUUCGCUUUAACUUUAAUAUUUGUAAAACGCUUGCUCGACAAUGGGCAGCACACGGUUCUUCUUGGCCGAUCUGCCAACGAGAACGUCGGAAGCGGAUCUGCGCAACCUCUUUCAAGACUAUGGCCAUGUGGAGCACGUUGACCUGAAGCGAAAGGAGCAGGAAGAUGGGGCGGCCAAGGUGAUAGCCUUCGUUACCCUCCAAACGGACGAUGCCCACUACUGUCUCAACGAGCUCAACUGGCAGAAACUUCAUGGUUCGAAGCUGCGAGUCUCGUUGGCCAAGGAGUCCUUCUUGGACCGUUUGAAGCGAGAGCGCGAGGAGAAUCAGCAGCGCGAACAAGGCCACCAUGAGGAGUAUGAACAGCCCAGCAGCUCCCAGCUUUUGGUGCAGAGCAGUCAGAAUAAACGCCGUGUUUUCGGCGAGGACGAGGAGAUCGGGGACGAUGAGGUAGCGCCGGAGCUGCUGAUGACCAAGAAGCGUGCCGCUCACUCCCUGCACAACGGCAGAAUUGUCAUCCAGCAAGAGCCGGACGUGAAGCCGCUGCACAUUAUCGAGCAGCACCGGAAGCCGGCGAAGAAACAGGCGGACGCCACCGUCAGCCAGGCUGAGCAAAAGCGCAAGGAGUCGCUGUUGAAGAUGCGGCAGGAGCAUCUGCAGAAGAAGUCAGCCAUACAGCAGGCUCUGGCUGGCAUCUCCGUGGACGGAGGCCAGGCCAAGCGAAUUAAGUUCAGUUACGCUGAGGAUGAAGUCGAGAAACCCGCCAAGACACCCAAGAAGGAUCUCUUCGAGAACGAGGAUGAAGAUGAGGCCGAUGAAGAGAUUGUCCUGCCCCAGCAUAAGGGCAAAAAGGGAGAGCGGCUUGUGGAAAUGCAGAGCAAACAGAGCCUCGAUCCCCGCUUUCGAAUUACGGCUAAUUUUGUUGAAGAUCAGGAGGGAGAGGAGGAGGAGGAGCCGGAGGACGACAAACCGCUGCAAGAGAGCGAGCGCAACUGGCAGAUGGGUAUAUUGGAGCAAGUGGUGGGUCGAAAGCUGACCAGCGCCAACGAGAACGCAGCCCAUCCGGCGAAGAGCAAAAAGAUGCUUCGUUUCGACCCCGCCAAGGAGGAUCAUCAAAAGCUGAUGCGGAAGAAGCCCACCCAGGAUGUUGCUCAGAAAAAGGAGACGGACGACUUGGAACCCGAACAGACCACCAGCAAGGCUCCUCCUCCCGUGUCAAAGAACAACUUUUACGUGGUCACAGAUACUCUGAAGGAAUCCCUCAACAUGCGCGGCGAUGGCUUCAGUCUGCUGGAGAUGUUUGGCACUGCCCCGGAUGAGGAGGAGGCCAAGCGCCAGGACCAGCUCGAAAAGCUGGGCACAGAAAAGAUUCUGGUGGGCAAGCCCUCCGCCAACAAGCUCGGACUCUCCACGCUCAAUCCCUUCAGUUACGAUUCCUCAGACAGCGAGGAUGCCGAGGAAGCCGCUUCGGAGGAGCCAUCGAAGGUUGGCAACGAGAACAAAGCCCCGCCCGCCAAAGAGUCCAAGCAGAAGAAGCCCAAGAUAAAGAUGGAGUCCUUCUUCAUACCCAAGAACGAUCCACGCCUCAAAGAGGGCGCCAAGUUCUUUAAGUCGGCCAAAUCCGAAGUGGACCAGGCGGACUACGAUCAGGUCAGGAAUCGCCUCAAGCUGCUGAUCACCAACAAGAUUGCCAAGACCCGGAAGAACCUGCCCGGCAAGGACAACAAGAAGCAAAGGAAUAAACAAAAGGCGAAGCCCUGAGUCCCAAGCUCCAGGGUCCAACUGGUUCUUGUCUGUACAUAGAAAGGUGUCCUAUGUUCUCUACUGCGUUUUGCAUUUCUUUUAGACCAGAUUUGUACAUACAUACAUUCUACUCCUAAAAAAGACGCUUUGAGUGUGAAGGCUUCCUGCCAGAACUCCUUCCAACCCUCUGUGCAUCGUGUUUGUGCAAAAAAAGUUAAAAUAGGCAUAAGCUCUAUAAAAUAAAUCAAUUUUUUUAAUCGUACAUUUAUUUAACUAGAUUACAAAAAAAAAAGAAA